GCUGGGUGCCCUCGCGUGCUCCGCCCCCAGUCAGGCUGUUCUCCGGCCCGCGCUCUGCCUCCCGCCCUCUUUCUUACUGUCUGGACCACCAUCGGUAGCAGUUAUGGCGACAGAGCAGCAACAGUUUUAUCUGCUCUUAGGAAACCUACUGAGUCCGGAUAACAACACUAGGAAGCAGGCCGAGGAAACCUAUGAGAACAUCCCAGGGCCAUCUAAAAUCACCUUCUUACUUCAAGCAAUAAGAAAUGCAGCUGCUGCUGAGGAGGUCAGACAAAUGGCUGCCGUCUUAUUGCGACGCCUCUUGUCGUCCUCGUUUGAAGAAGUAUAUCCAUCUCUCCCUGCGGAGGUCCAGAAUGCUAUCAAAAGCGAACUACUGCUUGUCAUUCAGUUGGAAACACAGUCCAGUAUGAGGAAAAAGAUCUGUGAUAUUGUUGCAGAGCUAGCCAGAAACUUAAUUGAUGAUGAUGGCAACAACCAGUGGCCUGAGGCACUCAAAUUCCUGUUUGAUUCUGUGAGUUCACAGGAUGUUGGACUGCGGGAGGCAGCGCUCCACAUCUUCUGGAACUUCCCAGGUAUAUUUGGAAAUCAGCAGCAACAUUACCUGGAAGUCAUCAAAAGGAUGCUUGUGCAGUGUAUGCAGGAACAGGAUCAUCCUAUGAUUAGAACACUUUCUGCCAGGGCUGCUGCAGCUUUUGUUCUGGCUAAUGAACACAAUGUUCCUCUGCUGAAGCACUUCUCUGAUUUAUUACCUGGAAUCCUACAGAAAACCAAAGAAACCAUAAAUAUACAUGUCUUAAUUAUAUUUUCAGUUCCUCAGAUGUUGACUAUGAUGGUGGAUUUAGAAGACGAUGAAGAUUGGUCAAAUGCAGAUGAACUUGAAGAUGAUGAUUUUGACAGCAAUGCAGUAGCUGGUGAAAGUGCCUUGGACAGAAUGGCAUGUGGUCUGGGUGGAAAAAUAGUUCUUCCUAUGAUUAAAGAGCACAUCAUGCAAAUGCUUCAGAAUCCUAACUGGAAGUACAGACAUGCUGGGCUUAUGGCAUUGUCAGCCAUUGGAGAGGGUUGUCACAGGCAGAUGGAAGGCAUCCUCAAUGAGAUUGUCAACUUUGUCUUAUUGUUCCUUCAAGAUCCACAUCCAAGAGUACGCUAUGCUGCUUGUAAUGCUAUUGGGCAGAUGGCUACAGACUUUGCUCCUGGAUUUCAAAAGAAGUUUCAUGAAAAGGUGAUUGCAAGUCUGCUGCAAACAAUGGAAGAUCAGGCUAACCCACGAGUUCAGGCCCAUGCAGCUGCUGCUCUUAUCAACUUCACAGAAGACUGUCCUAAGUCGCUGCUUGUACCAUAUCUAGACAAUCUAGUGAAUCACUUGCAUUCAAUCAUGGUGGUGAAACUGCAGGAGCUUAUUCAGAAAGGCACAAAACUGGUCUUGGAACAAGUUGUAACCUCUAUAGCCUCUGUUGCGGAUACCGCAGAAGAGAAAUUUGUCCCUUACUAUGAUUUGUUCAUGCCUUCCCUCAAGCACAUUGUAGAAAAUGCUGUGCAAAAGGAACUCCGGCUUUUAAGAGGAAAAACUAUUGAGUGCAUUAGCCUAAUUGGAUUGGCUGUUGGCAAAGAGAAGUUUAUGCAAGAUGCCUCUGAUGUUAUGCAACUGCUGCUAAAGACCCAAACUGACUUUAAUGAUUUGGAAGAUGAUGACCCUCAGAUUUCUUAUAUGAUUUCUGCCUGGGCACGAAUGUGCAAAAUCCUUGGAAAGGAGUUUCAACAGUAUCUUCCUGUGGUUAUGGGACCUUUGCUGAAGACCGCAUCUAUUAAACCUGAAGUGGCUCUUCUUGACACACAAGACAUGGAGAAUAUGAGUGAUGAUGAUGGAUGGGAAUUUGUUAACCUAGGAGAUCAGCAAAGUUUUGGAAUCAAGACAGCAGGUCUUGAGGAAAAAGCUACUGCUUGUCAGAUGUUGGUAUGUUAUGCAAAAGAACUGAAGGAAGGUUUUGCGGAUUAUACAGAGCAAGUUGUGAAGCUAAUGGUCCCAUUACUUAAAUUUUACUUCCAUGAUGGUGUUCGAGUUGCUGCUGCUGAAUCCAUGCCGCUGCUCCUGGAAUGUGCAAGGGUUCGUGGGCCAGAAUACCUAACACAAAUGUGGCAUUUCAUGUGCGACGCCCUAAUUAAGGGAAUUGGGACUGAGCCAGAUUCAGAUGUUCUCUCGGAAAUAAUGCACUCUUUUGCAAAGUGCAUUGAAGUAAUGGGAGAUGGAUGUUUAAACAAUGAGCACUUUGAAGAACUUGGAGGAAUAAUGAAAAGUAAACUAGAAGAGCACUUUAAGAACCAGGAGCUGAGGCAAGUUAAAAGACAAGAUGAAGACUAUGAUGAACAAGUUGAGGAGUCGUUACAGGAUGAGGACGAUAAUGAUGUUUACAUCCUGACUAAAGUUUCAGACAUUUUGCAUUCUAUAUUUAGCAGCUACAAAGAGAAAGUGUUGCCUUGGUUCGAACAGUUGUUACCAUUAAUUGUUAAUUUAAUUUGUCCUCACAGGCCCUGGCCAGACAGGCAGUGGGGCCUUUGUAUUUUCGAUGAUGUUGUAGAGCACUGUAGCCCUUCCUCUUUUAAGUAUGUUGAAUACUUCUUGAGACCGCUAUUACAGUCCAUAUGUGAUAACAGCCCUGAGGUUCGGCAAGCUGCAGCAUAUGGUAUUGGUGUGAUGUCACAGUUUGGAGGGGAAAAUUAUCGAUCCUUUUGUACAGAAGCUCUUCCACUUCUUGUUGGGGUUAUUCAAGCCCCUGACUCUAAAACCAAAGAGAAUAUCAAUGCAACAGAGAACUGCAUAUCUGCAGUAGGAAAAAUCAUGAAGUUCCGACCUGAUUGUAUCAAUGUAGAGGAGGUCCUGCCCCACUGGUUAUCAUGGCUUCCUCUUCACGAGGACAAGGAAGAAGCAGUACAUACGUUUAACUUCCUUUGUGACCUUAUUGAAAGGUAUAAACAAAUUCUUUAUUCAUCGCAAAUGGAGUACAAAAACUAAAUAUGUCUGACAUUU